AUGGCUUUCUAUCACCUGCUCCAUGCUAUGGUGGGAUACGGGGGGGUAUUUCCAAUGACUUGAAGAGAAUUGGUAAUGUCAAACCAAUAUUAGUACAGUUAGGGAGUCAGGUGAAUUUUGAUGCCGGUGAAAAACAACCAUUUCAACUGACUGUGGAUAAAUUUGAAAAGGCUUUACAGAAGGCUACAGAUGAGGGUAUAAAUGUCCGAGGGUUGAUUUUGAUUAAUCCUAAUAACCCAUUGGGGGAAAUCUACUCACGUGAAUUAUUGAUGGAACUACUAAAUUUUGCUCACAGACAUUCCCUACAUGUUGUGGUAGAUGAAAUCUACAUGGGUACUAUAUUCAAAUCAGAUGCAGUACAUACCAGUAUUGUAAAUAUUGAUAAUCUUCCUGAUCCACAGAGAACUCACAUGUUAUGGGGAGUCAGUAAGGAUUUUGGAAUGGCUGGAUUUCGUUGCGGUGUAUGUCAUAGUUUUAAUCAACAUUUACACCAAGCUCUUGAAUAUCUGGGUUAUUUUUAUGCGAUUCCUGCUAAUGUGCAACAUCAAUUGACUGAAUUCUUGUCAGACAAAGAGUGGUUGAACAAUGUGUUUUUUCCAACUAAUCAUCAGAGACUUAGGGAGACUUAUCAGUGCAUGUCUGAUGGUUUAACCAAGUUGGGUAUUGCACAUUUACAUCGAUCAGCUGGGCUCUUCAUAUGGGCAGAUUUUAGACUGUAUCUACGUUCUCAAACUUACGAGGCCGAGAUGGAUUUAUAUAAUAAAUUCUUAUCAGGUGGUGUCAAUAUCUCACCUGGUCACAAUUUUGAUUGUGCUGAGUUUGGUUGGUUCAGAAUAGUGUUUGCCCACCCCACUCAUGAACUUCUAAUAGCAAUUGAAAGGAUAGGUAAAGUAUUAGAUGAGAUAAAAAGUGAAAUAUGUGGUGAUAGUUUGGAAUUGAAUCUGGUAGGACCUGAUCAGCCUGUCCUAGGUGCUGCUAGCCAUGAAGACAAUACUCAGAAAAAAGAAGACUGUCUUGAAGAUUUAUUAACUGGUCUACAACAUCAAAUCAAGACAUCUAAUUGGUUGAAAGAUAAUACCGCAGAGAAGUGGAUUAAUGAGAAUCCAAUGCUUUAUCAGGAAUACAAAGAAGCAGCCAACAAGCAUUAAUUAUAUGACACUCCUUAUUUGAGCAUUGUGUGACAUUGUCAUUCCUAGAAGAUUCUACAUUACUUAUAAGUCUAUUCUCUUAAAAAAAUAGACCCACCAUAAGGGAAUCCAUUCUAGUUAUAAUAUAGCAUUGUGAACAGUGUGCACAGAAACCAUUAGAUUCAUGUAUAAGGCCCAGCAAAAAAACAAACAAACUAGUCAACCUGUUUUCAAAAUUUGAUACAGCCAUGCAUUAAUUUUAAUUAACAUUAAUAACAUUCAUUUGGACCUUCCAGCUGAUCAACAUAAAACAAAACAA